AUGCCCAGUUUUCUGAUUAUACUUUCUUUCGAGAAAGCACUCAUUUUAAGCACCUCUUCCUGGCACUCAGAAGGGUCCUCCUUACGCAGCAAAGUGCAGACUAUACUGGGCUUUGUGGAGCCAAGCAAACUGGGUCACACGUUGAUCCAUGAAGUUGUGACAGAACUUGACUGCUGUUACUUUCCUUCUCCAGCCGUGAGGCAUCUCCAAGGAAAAUACUGUGAUGAAAAAAACCUAUGUUCGAAUCAGCAAAGCCUUUAUUCCCACAAACAGAGUCUUCAGUUGAAUCAGGAAACAGAAGUCCUAAAGGAAGAAUUGUUGUGUUUUAAGGCCAAGGACAAAGGGACGUUGAUGCAGAGCACAAUCUCUGGGAUUAAUGGAGACGUUCAGACUUGGAGGUAGCUGGCAGUGUCCACAUCAGCUCUGAGCUGGGCUGCAUUUACCAUUCCUUAGCUCACUGGUACUCUUAUUAAUGACACUGUAUUUGGAGUUGAUAGGACCAAUAUUGAGUGUGGUGUUAUUGGAAAAGUGUGUUGCUUGGUUUUAAGAGCAAAUGAAAGAAAAGUUCUUUAAGCAACAGCUCAGACCUGGGCUCAGCUUGCCUAUCCUUUUAUUAUCCAUUCUGAAAGGAAUCCAAGUGCAUCAUUUCAACUUAUCUAUUAUAAGCAGGGACUACUGGAGUUUGCUCAAGUUGCCUAUUACUUGGAAAAUGAUUUCUUUCAGACUGAACUUCUUCAUUAUCAAUUCAACCCAGAGACUGACAUGUCUGAUGAUAAUAAAAGAAUUAGAGAGGUGCAGCUUCUGGUGGAUGAGGGCUACAAAGAUUGAAUUCUGAUGGCACGAGACAUACAAACAAAGCAUUGACUGAUGAAAUAUGGCGGUCACAGCGAUUCGCAUAUACACGCCAACAUUGUUCCUCAAAUGUUUCUCAGAGCUAUGCCUGAGAAUGCACUUGAUCAGAUACCAAUAGAGAGCCCUAAGCAAUAG